UUUACACCGCACACUAAUUUAUUUUAACGAGAGAUUUGAGAUGUUUUUUUUCUUUCUGGAAAGACUAGGCAGAAACAACCAUACCCGGAAGUAUUUAGAUGCGACACUCUUAUGUGCGCCAUGUUUUGUUGACUACACUUAGGAUUUAUCUUUUUAAGUACCAGUGCCGCAAUGAACCACUGUACAAGAAAUGUAUUCGCUGGUGACUGGAACUUCCUUCUCCGGUUUCAAAGAAAAACACGGACAAAAUGCCACCAGUCUUCGGGAACGGCUCUUAUUUACCAUACCCGGGGUCAGACCACGGCUGCAAGGCAAGCUCCAGAUGAUGGGAAAGGAGAGAAACCUCCACUUCGAGCCAUUGAUUUGGCUCGCAAGCUCCGGCAGGAGAGGGCCAAUACUCGGACAGCGCAGCCCAAUGUUUCACCCCAACAGAAGAGGGUGAUAGACUUAAAACGGUUCAGUCUUCAGCUUCAAAAUAUUCAUCCCAACGUGCUGGCCAAGCACCUGAAGAGAGGCGUGCUGUACCAGGAUCAGCAUGUUGUCGUUGUCAAUAAACCGUAUGGUGUUCCUGUCACAGAUGCCUCUGGGGAGACAACCAUCUCCUCCGUGCUUCCCGUCCUUUCCAAAAUGAUGGAUGGUAUGAGGGUCAAGUCCAAUUCUCAGCUGCUGCCCUGCCUGGGCCUGGAGAAGGAGAUUACAGGUGCUCUCCUGUUGGCCAGGAGUGAAGAAGCGGCCAAGCACGUACUGGAACUCAACAGAAGUAAUCAAGUACAGAGAAAGUACUGGCUUAUCACAGUGGGCGUGCCGGUGCCAUCUGAAGGCAUGAUUGACAUUCCAAUCAUAGAGAGAGAAAUCACCGGUUCUCAGCCUCACUACAAGAUGGCCUUAAGCCCCGUUUACAGAAUGAAUGACACCGGCAGCGGACUAACUAAAGUUCGAGCCAAUCGCCAAUCCCUUCCUGCCGUCACAAAGUACAAAGUCCUGGACAGUCAUGCCGGAUGUAGCCUUGUGGAACUGCAACCUCUAACUGGAGUGAAGCACCAGAUCAGGGUCCACAUGGCAUUUGCAUUGACCUGCGUCAUUUUGGGCGACCACAAAUAUUCACACUGGAGCAAACUGGCACCACAGAAAUUACCAGAGGGCGUGCUGAAAAAGCUUGGCCUUGAACAAAGCAAGAGCCGACAUCUUCCGCUUCACCUGCACGCUCGUCAACUGACACUCCCCAAAGACGGCGAUGGCAUCAUCAGCGUGGUCUGCCCAAUGCCGAAGUUCUUCACGCAAACACUUAGAAGGCUGAAUUUAACUUUCCCUAAGGAAAAAGAUGAAACGGCUACUUUGUGACUUUGAGCGCGACCGUUCAAAUUACAUACUGUACAGUGUAUUGUAAUUUUAAUAAAUGUAUAUAAACAUG